CUGUUCAAUUUUAUGAAGCUCAAAUUCUUUGACAAGAUGGCGGGUGGAAGCGGCGAACCUCAAGCUAUUGAUUUGAUGCAGUUGGCUCUCCCUCAGCUGAAUAUGCUGAAGGAAGAGAUCGAACAGGAAGUUGAGGUGUUACAGGGAUCUCUUCAGCAACUGAAGAUAGCCCAAGGACGCUUCAUUGAAUCUACCGACAGUCUGAAUAAGUUCAAAAAACCAGAAUCUGAAGGAAAAGAAAUUCUUGUCCCCUUGACAUCUUCUCUAUACGUUCCGGGCAAGUUGAAAGACAUCAAUAACGUUCUUAUAGAUAUAGGCACAGGUUUCUACAUAGAGAAGACGUUACCCCAAGCCCAAGGGUACUUCAAGAGAAAGGUUGACUUUGUCACUAAGCAGAUGGAGAGGGUUCAGCCGGUAUUGAUAGAGAAAUCAAAGAUGAGACAAGUUGUGACAGAGGUUAUGAACAUGAAGAUUCAAGCUCAGAUGUCCGCAACACAAGGUCAAGGGGUCAAGUCGUAGCAACCUUCGCUUUCGCUGUACUUACUCUACUUUGCAUUUUGAUGUUUGUGAGCACCGGAUUGUCUGGAGGUCUUUGUUUUUUUGUGUGUGAAAUCGAUGAGACGCUAGACCAAUUCUGGCGCGCUCACAGUGGCCCCCAGUUAUGGCGGUAGCAUUGUGCAAGCUAUUGGUCAGAGUAACUGUCAUGUAGUGGUUGUCUUGUUCAGCAAAGUGCUUCUCCUAUUGCUGGAACCACUAGGAGUAUGUUGACCAAUUUAUGCCCGGAUAUGUUUGUAUGUACUUUAUUUCAAUAUUCACCCUUCUAAACCCAAAAUAUUAUAGAAAAACAAGGAAGUUGUAUAGGGGUCUCUCACCGAUGCAUAUGACCUGGCCUAAAGCCGGGUACCGGAAAUUCAGUGUUGCGAUUGUAGACAAAGAUCUUAUAGUGCCGUGCGCAGAGGUAGUAGGCAAGCCUUCAAAGCUGUGAUGGAUGACCAAAAAAACCUGAGAGAGAAAUGCAGUUACCCAGUGCCGGGUUGACAUGAUUAUGACAACUGUACACGGCACAGUUAGUGACCAUUAUGCCAUUUGAUAAAGAAUUCACGGUUAUUUUAUGUGGAAAAAAAAACUUACUGUGUAUUUACAAUGCGCGGCGUGAUUGCUCACCAAACGCUCGCCUACUGCAAUGGUGGUCGAUCACGGGAAAACCUUAUGGUCAUUUGGUACUUUGAUGUUUUACGAUCGGAACCUAUAGAUUCUUGCAUAGAGUUCCCUUCCUAAUGACAGGUUUUGUUAUUUAAAUUCAGUGACAAAAGUAAAAAGAGUCUGCUCAUACUAUCACAGAUAAACAAGAGUUUCCUCAGUGAGGCAGCCCUGUGCUAGGGGGUUCAUUGGGUGAAUCGUAGGGCUCCCUUUUGGGCAAACAUUGAGGCAAAAUGUUAUGGCAGGUUUCUUUGCUACAUCCCCAGUUAAAAAAACAAGAUACACCUUCAAAUGGUAUUUUUUUUUAUCAAAACAGGUCUGCCAAAUUAGCCCACUUUAAAUGGUUUGUACAUUACUUUGAAUUUGUAUUUCGUUAGUGAUAAUAAAACGUAUGCAAUCACGCGA